CCAUCGCACCAGAAAUCCAACCCCCCAAUUCUCUCUCUCUCUCCCUCUAAAUUCUCUAUUCCCCUCUCUAAAUUUGAUGGGCAGUUCUAACGCUCAUUCUUUACUUACCCAGUGUUGGUGGUUCAAAACCCUAACCCUAAUCCAAACUCACUAAACGCUUGUGUAACCAUUCUCGAACAGCCAUGGACGAGGAGAGGUUCGUAUCCGCGAGAGAAAACCCUAGGUACCUCGGCACCGCUAACACCACCAACGGCGACUUACCCGCGGCGCAGAAGGCGGCGGCCCUGCCUUCGAUCCUGGACCGGUUCAACGCUCUGUUGAACAAGAGAGAGGACGACGAGGGAGAUGAAGUUGUUGUGCGGCUUUACGAGCGGGUUUUAUCGGAACUCACUUUCAAUUCGAAGCCAAUUAUCACCGAUCUCACUAUAAUCGCCGGGGAGCACAGGGCGUACGCCGAGGGCAUCGCCGACGCAAUUUGCGCGAGGAUUCUCGAGGUCCCAGUGGAUCAAAAACUACCUUCUCUUUAUCUUCUGGACAGCAUUGUCAAAAAUAUUGGCAGAGAAUAUGUUAGGUAUUUCUCUUCCCAUUUGCCGCAGGUUUUCUGCGAGGCCUACAGACAAGUUAACGCCAACAUGCGUCCUGCUAUGCGGCACCUCUUUGGGACCUGGUUAACAGUUUUCCCAGCUCCAGUACUUCGCAAAAUUGAGGAGCAAUUGCAAUUAUCUCCGUCGGCGAAUCAUCAAUCUUCCAACCUUCCUUCUCUUAAGGCUUCUGAAUCUCCUCGACCAAUUCAUGGAAUUCAUGUCAAUCCCAAGUACUUGGAAGCAAGACGUCAGCUUGAACAGUCAACAGUGGAUAGUAACAAUCAACAUGCCAGAGGAAUUUCUUCCACUUUGAAGAUCUAUGGGCAAAACUCUAACAGUGAAUUUGAAGAAUAUGAUUCUGAUAAUGCAGAGGUCAUGUCAUCACAGGUAGGGGCCCAACGAUUGAGGUCAACUGGUCGUCCUUCUUUUGGUUUUGCUGCUGAAAAGCUGCUUCCAUCUUCAUCUGCAAGGCUUCCAAAAUCCUCCUCUCCUUUUAGAAUUGAGCAUGGCAGGUCAUUAUCACCUCCAGCUGAUGAAUAUGCAGCAAGUAAUAAUUCUCCCAGGACGGUUGUUGAAAGGGCCUCCCCAUCUCAGCUUGGAUUUGAAUUUGGCAGAAUUAAAGGCAGGGAGGAGUUAAGUGAUUGGUCUGAUACUUCGUAUAGACGACCUGAAACUUCGGUUGUAUAUAAUAAUGGAGUUGAGCUUCAGAGACCGAGAGCAUUAAUUGAUGCUUAUGGAAAUGAUCAAAGGAGUCAAACUCCGAACUAUAAGCCCUUGACGGUUGAUGUCAAUGGAAUAGAAAAUACGUUGGGGGCGAAAACCUGGCAGAAUACUGAAGAAAAAGAGUUCGAUUGGGAAGAUAUGAGCCCAACUUUGGUAGACCGUAGUCGGAGUAGUGAUAUAGUUUCGUCAUCUAUCCGUCCUCUUGAAAGCUUUAGGACAAGGCAUGGCUAUGGAACACAAGAUGUGGGACCCCUGGAUUCUGAUUUCAGGAGAAUCAACUGGUCCAGUCAAUCACAAAGUUCUGUAGUUAAGGGUUCUUCCAUUAUUUCAGAAGAUCCAGUUCCACUUUCAACGACCAUUUCGGGUCGUGGGUCAAGCAGUAGGAUUACAGGAUUGCAUGAUGAGACUACACAGUUUAUGCGCUCUCGUUAUCCUCAAGAUGGUUUUCCCCACUACCUUCCUCAGUUUUCUCAACACACGCAUGGGUCUGAAGGGCCCUCAAGGAACUUCCAAAUGUUUCACCCAUCAGAUGCCAAUGUGCAAUAUCAUGGGUCCUCUGUUGUUCCAUCGAGGAUUGGAGAUCCAAGUAUUGCCUCGUGGAAGUCAGAGGCUCUAUCUACUUCUGUACCGCCACCAAGAGGGCUAUGGCCUCCAGUGAAUGUACAAAAAUCUCUCUCUACGCUUCCUCUUCCGCUACAAAAUCAAAGCAUGAGUCACUUUGAUUCGAGGAAUGCUAGCAAUGCAGUUCCGAAUCAAGGUCUAAACAAGUCAUUUUUGCCUGAGCACCAGUUUAAUAGCAUUGGAAACAAGGCAAUAAGCUCAAUGAAGCAGUUUUCAUUUCCCAAUCAGCAAACUGUACCAACCCUUUCAAGUCCACAAAAUCCAGAUCAAGUCACUUCUGUACAACCGCAAUUGCCAGUGUCUCACGAGGUUCGCCGAAAUUUCAUUCCACCUGCUACUUUUGCUGCUGUCGGUCCAAUGCCCUCUCUUGUACCACCCAUCAGUCUUGGAUAUAACCCUGCUCUAAGUAAUGUCAUGUCCAACCCAAUUCCUGGUGUGCAUCCAUCUAUGCCAAUCCUCAACACCCCAAGCAACUCUCUGUAUUUUCGUAGGGGGUCAGGCUUCCCCCCUUUACCUGCUGGGCCUCGUCCUGAUUCAUCACAAAUGACACCUGUAUCACAGAAUCCAGUUCCCAUUGCCCCUAACCCUCAAGCUGGGGGUGCAUUGUCUGGUCUGAUUAGUUCCCUCAUGGCUCAAGGUUUGAUCUCAUUGACGAAACAAGCUCCUGUGCAGGAUUCUGUGGGACUCGACUUCAACCUUGACAUUCUUAAGGUGCGCCAUGAAUCAGCAAUAACUGCUUUGUAUGCUGAUCUCCCUCGGCAAUGCACAACAUGCGGGCUUCGGUUCAAAUGCCAAGAGCAGCACAGUAGUCAUAUGGAUUGGCAUGUAACGAAAAACCGAAUAUCCAAAACUCGUAAACAGAAGCCUUCACGCAAGUGGUUUGUGAGUGUUAGCAUGUGGCUUACUGGCACAGAAGCAUUGGGAACUGAUGCAGCCCCUGGGUUUUUACCUGCUGAGAGCAUUGUGGAAGAGAAGGAUGAUGAAGAAUUUGCUGUUCCUGCUGAUGAGGACCAGAAUGUAUGUGCACUGUGUGGAGAGCCUUUUGAUGAUUUCUAUAGUGAUGAGACUGAGGAAUGGAUGUAUAAAGGAGCUGUCUACAUGAAUGCUCCCAAUGGGGCAACAGUAGGCAUGGACAGGUCUCUGUUGGGUCCCAUAGUCCAUGCUAAAUGCAGGUCUGAAUCUAGUGCAGUCUCCCCUGAAGAUUUUGGACAAGAUGAAGGGGGAUAUACUGAAGAGGGUAGACGAAGGAAACGGUUGCGGAGUUAGUGUAUUUAGUUUGACUUUUUAGGUCCUCUGUACCUUUAUCCUAAUUUUCUUCUUGUUAAUGGCAUGCUCUUUAAUUUAUGUGGCAUUGGAGUGGGCGGUCCUUGGUCAUAUACCAUUACCAUGUAGUUGUAUAGUUGAACUUGUAACAUUAACAUUCUCUUGCAGCAAAAGGUUACAGAUAAUAACAGUUGUUUUCUGGCAGUCUGUUCUUCACUUAGCAAUGACAAUUGCCAAGAGGGACCUUUAUCUUAAAACCGUUGUUGCACCA